AUGUGGAUUGUGCCAGGACUUUUUAGUCUCCUCGGCGCUCUUGUUUACGCUGAACUGGGUGUACGAAUUCAAAGGUCCGUUGGUGAAUACGCUUAUAUUCUUGAGGCAUUUGGUGGUCUUCCGGCGUUAGUAGUUAUGUGGGUAAACUUUGUGGUUAUUGGCGGUGAUAGUUGUGCGACAAACGCUCUCGCAUUCGCGGAGUAUAUUUACAACCUCUUUAUCCAAGUUGUCCCUAUUCCUUUCCAUAUACUUUCCAUGGUGGCCAUAUGUGGAUUAAGUAAUUUGUGCAAUCAAUUACUACCAAGUUAG